CACACUUGAGUAACACCUUAAAACGAAAGGUUUUGGGCCGUCCGUUGUUACUCGUGUUGAGUUUGAAGUGCUGGGGGUGAGGCUUGAACUCACGAUCUUCUGACUCAGAGGCGAAGAGCGUUACCCCUGUGCCAACCUCGGGGGCGGGCAGCGAGCGGCCGCUCACCACUUACUUGUUGUUGUGUGUGUGUGUGUGUGCGUGAGAGCGAGCGAGAGAGACGCUCAGGUGGGGCCGCCGUCUGUGCCUUGGCCCCGGCCAUGUGGCUGCUGGCGCGUAACCCGGGCCGGUGGGCGCCGAGCGGCCUGGCCCGGGCGCUGAGGGAGGCGGCCAGCGGGCAGACGCUGCCUCCGAGGCCCAAGGCUGCGACCCCCCGGCGGCGGCGCGGCUGCUGGCGGCUCCUGGGCUCCGCGCUGUUGCUGCCGCCGCUCGGCCCGGGCCGGGCUGUCCCGCUGCCGCUCGGGCCCAGGCUCCGGGCCCCGCCGCUCGGCCUCUGGGGGGAUCUGUCGGCCGCAGCUCGCGGCUACGGCGCUGGGAAACCGGCCGCGGGAAGGCAGGAGGCCGUGGCCGAGGGCCCAGACCGCGGCUCCCAGUGCGGGCGCAGGCCCGACACGCAGCAGCAGAGCGCCGACCAGCUCAGCGCGGGCAGUGCGGCAGCCGGUGGAUCGCCAGAGCUGUAUGAAAAUCCAUGGACAAUUCCCAACCUACUCUGCGUGGCAAGGAUCAGCCUGUCGCCAUAUCUUGGCUAUCUGAUUGUGCACGAGAAAUUCAACCUAGCCUUAGGCUUGUUUGCCUUGGCAGGAGUUACAGAUUUGUUAGACGGGUUUAUUGCACGGAACUGGGCCAACCAGAAGUCUGCUUUGGGGAGCGCUUUGGAUCCGUUGGCAGAUAAAAUCCUAAUCAGCUUUCUGUACAUCAGCCUGACGUGUGCGGACCUCAUUCCAGGUCCACUCACGGCAAUGAUCCUGUUUAGAGAUGCUGUUUUGAUCGCAGCUGUUUUCUAUGUUAGAUACCAAACAGUCCCACCACCACGAACCCUCAGCAAGUAUUUUAACCCGUGCUAUGCCACUGCACAGUUAAAACCGACCUUCAUUAGCAAGGUUAACACGGCAGUGCAGCUUGUCCUGGUGGCAGCGUCAUUGGCAGCCCCAGUGUUUCACUAUGUGGACAGCGCAUUCCUUCAGACUCUGUGGUAUAUCACAGGUUUGACAACAGCGGCGUCUGCGUAUAGCUACUACCUAUACGGCAGAAAUACUGUGCAAGUUUUGAAACGAGGGAAAUAACAGGACAUGUUUGUAACAAGUCUGUGGAGCUGAGGACACAGGGCUGAACAUAGGAAAAACUGAACCUUGAUUUAAAUGAUUGAAAAGACUUUGAUCAGAAUUAUGUAGAUACAUGUGAACUUUCACCCUCAACCCCCGCCCGCCCCACCCCCCCACUCCCAAGAUUUUAAGUUUAAUAAUAAAAAGGAAAAAAAUCCUGCACUGAUUACUUUUAUCUUCAUCUUAUUAACUUGCAUGUCAGGUGUAUGAUGCAUGAAGAAACCAAUCUGCUCUGAGCAUGGUCGAGGGUGCUAUGAACUUGAUUAGUGACCUCACUAAGGUGUGCACACCCAUCGUGGUGUGUUUGGUUCUCUCGA